AUGUACAAGAUGAGCAAGCUAACAAGUAGGGAAAAAUUACAAAAUGUCAUUCCCACUGGGCUAUCAAGGUAUUCUAUUCAUUCCUCUGCUGACAAGCGAGAGUACGACCACUCACUUCUACCCACUGAAGUCAACCACAGCACAGAGGAAGUCUUCCUCCUGCUGAGCUUCGCGGACUACCCUUCCCUGCAGCCCGUGCUCUUCGCCCUGGUCCUCUUCUGCUACCUCCUGACUCUGACCGGCAACUCGGCGCUGGUGCUGCUGGUGGUGCGCGACCCGCGCCUGCACACUCCCAUGUACUACUUCCUCUGCCACCUGGCCCUCGUGGACGCGGGCUUCACCACGAGCGUGGUGCCACCGCUGCUGGUCACCCUGCGCGGCCGGGAGCUGCGGCUGCGGCGCGGCGGCUGCAUGGCCCAGCUGUGCGCAUCGCUGGCGCUGGGUUCGGCCGAGUGCGUCCUGCUGGCGGUCAUGGCGCUGGACCGCGCGGCCGCCGUGUGCCGCCCGCUGCGCUACGCCGCGCUGGCCUCGCCGCCGCUCUGCAGAGCCCUGGCGGGCGCCUCCUGGCUGGGCGGCCUCGCCAACUCCGCGGCGCAGACGGCGCUGCUAGGCGCGCGGCCGCUGUGCGCGCCCUGGAGGCUGGACCACUUCAUCUGCGAACUGCCCGCGCUGCUGCAGCUGGCCUGCGGCGGCGGCCGCGAUACCACCGAGCGCCAGAUGUUCGCGGCCCGCGUGGUCAUCCUGCUGCUGCCGUCUUCCGUCAUCCUGGCCUCGUACGCGGCCGUGGCCCGCGCUGUGUGGGGCAUGAGAACGCGCGGGGGGCGUGGGAAAGCGCUGGGCACCUGUGGGUCCCACCUAACCGCCGUCUGCCUGUUCUACGGCUCGGCCAUUUACACCUACUUGCAACCCACGCACAGCUACAACCAAGGACGGGGCAAAUUCGUCUCGCUUUUCUACACCGUGGUCACGCCGGCCCUCAACCCACUCAUUUACACCCUCAGGAACAAGGAAGUGAAGGGAGCCGCGAGGAGGCUUCUGGGGAGAGGGCAGACCCGACAGUGAGAAGGUGGGGAAGGGAAAACACGUUAGCCCAGCACCCCGGGAUGCACAGACCCUUUGGGGUGUCUUACCUGUUUA